CGAAGCAGACUUUCUAGCCUCUGACACAUUACAGCAAUGUUUAAUGCAAUGUUACGCUGUAUUUGACAAUUCCUGGUCCAUUAGAUUACCAUUUUCGUACCGGGUGUAAAUGUUUGUCGAAAAAGAAUUUCCAGUGCACAGAGAGAGCGGGCAACAAGCCCGACUAACCCUGGUCCUGACACCGCAGCAAUAGAUGCAUUCUGUGGAAUGGUUAAUAAAGAGCCAAACAGUGCUCACAUUGCAACAAAGUUAAUUACAACACAAAUUCAAAGUCCUCAGGAAUGGGAAGCUUUACAAAGCUUGAAUCUGCUAGAAGCAUGUAUGAAACGUUGUGGUUCCUCAUUUCACACAGAGAUCGGAAAGUUUCGGUUCCUUAAUGAGAUGAUUAAACUAGUUUCGCCCAAAUAUCUUGGCAGCCAAACUCCAAAACCAGUCAGGGAUAGAGUUCUGCAACUAAUGUAUUCUUGGACAAUGGACUAUCCUCGAGAAACUAAAAUAAAGGAAGCUUAUCAAAUGCUCCGGAAGCAAGGCGUCGUUACUGAUGAUCCUCCCGCAGAAGCAGUUUCUCAAGCAGCUUCUCAGACCAGUGCAGGAUCUAGCAAAAGUUCAGUGUUUGAGGAUGAAAAAAAGCAACGUCUUCUGCAAAAACUUUUACAAAGCAAAAAUCCUGAAGAUUUGCAAGCUGCAAACAGACUUAUCAAAACCAUGGUCAAAGAGGAUGAGCGAAGAAGUGAAAUUAUGAGUCGCCGUGCAACAGAGUUAGAAGCAGCUCAUAAUAAUGCAAGGCUGCUGUCCGAAAUGUUAGAUUGUUAUCGUCCUUCUUCAAGCUCUAAAGAAGACUUAGAUCUGAUCAAAGAAUUACAUCAAAGUUGUGAACGCUUUAGUCUUCAAAUUAGCAGAGACUUGAAACCAGAAGAAUCCUUAUUUGGGGAAGUUUUGGAAACUAUUGAUGAAUUAAAACAUGUCUUUUCUAAGUAUAUGCAAGUGGUUGUACAAGGCCAACCCAUACCAAAAAGUACCUCAAGCACAACAACAGCAGUUAAGGCCCCACAUAUUGGAGUUGCUGGAUCUUCAUUGCUGGACCUGAUGACACCUAGUGGAGACAAUUCAACAGCAGCAGUUACAGAACAACUGGCUGAAUUGGGCAUGACUCAAACAAGGAAGGACCUUGAUGGUGUGGGUGACUUAUUAGCUUUUACCACGGAAGAUCCAAGUAGCUCUUCAUUUAUUCCAUCAAAUGUACCUGUGCUUCAACCUUUGCCUCUAAACUCUCCUGCCACUUCAAUGUCAACUCAUGUAACAAGCCCUAGUGACCAGAAAUCAUCUGAGGAGAAACCAGGUGCUUUAAAGGCUCUAGAAGAUUUGGAUGUUCUUGGUGAAACACUACUUAAACAAAGUUUGCCAUCAGCUGUCAGGACAGGCUCCCAUUUUAACAAGGUGCCUGCCAAAGUUCCCAUGAAUCUUUUGGGUAGGAGUUCAUCAGGCACAUCUGAAAAUGGGACUUCAGUGAGUCAUGAAAACGGUUCUACUGCCUCUGGAGGUCUAACUGAGAGUUCACUGACUUCAACUUUUGAUCUCGAUUUCCUGAUUGGAAAUCAGUCACAGCCUACAAAUAUUAUGGUUCAAAAAAUUCAAGAUAAAACCAGCUCAACUACGGGAGCUGACGAUUUAUUGAAUGGGGAUGAUGCCAUGGUUGAUUUAUCAGAUGAUCCUUCCAAUUUAGCUGCUGCUUCAUUGUCUGCACCAAUAGUUCAUUCAGCUCCUCAAAUAAGCUUAAGGUCAGCUAAAGAGGAGGCUCCUGACACAAAUGAUCCAAUCCCAAAAAAAGAAACGGAGUUCUCUACAUUGAAGAGUACAACCAAUUCUGUUGAUGCUUUAACAAACACAAAGCCAGUGGAAUCAGCAAAGACGUUGGAGGUGAAGCCUUUAAAUGACAUUUCAGUAACAUUGGAUAGCAUCAAACCUGGCCCAGUUCCCCCUUUGACUGCUCUGGAUGAACGUAAUGGAAUAUCUGUUGUCUUACACCUGGCGAAAGAUACCCCUCGCCCUGAUGUGUCAGUCUAUGUAGUAUCCACCAUAAGCAAAAACUCCUCUCCACUUUCCAAUUAUGUUUUCCAGGCAGUGGUUCCCAAGUCGUGCAAGUUAAAAUUACUUUCCUCAUCUAGUGCAGAACUUCCAGCUCAUAACCCAUUCCUUCCUCCAUCAGCAAUCACUCAAGUAAUGCUGGUUGCUAAUCCUUCAAAGGUUCCUGUUAACCUUAAAUUCAUGGUUAGUUAUACAAUGGAUGAUGACACUGUCACUGAAAUGGGAGAAGUUGAAAGUCUGCCUAUGUUAAGCUAGUUGUCUAAAACAUAUGAGUAAACAGUUUAAUUACUUUAGUCACAUUGUUACCAUGUCCAUCAGUAUCAUAGAUUCUUGAUAUCAAUUGUAAAUCAAUCAAUCUCAUCAAAACUAACACUUUUCCACACAUUUUGCAUGAUCCCAUGUAAACUGGUUUCAGUGUAAAUCAAAAUACAUCUUACCUCAACGCCUACAAUUAUUAUUUUCUUCACUAUAUCAUUACUUUUUUUUUGAUUUUAUACAUAUUUCUGUUUUUCAUAAUGCUAUUAUUUCCACAGUUUUUAUCAUCGAACAAAUUUUGAUAUUGGAGUUUGUUUUUUAGAAUCUUCCCUUAAAUCGGACCAUUAACAUCUAUGUAUUGGGUUUAGUUGCUCCUUUUCCACUUUCCUGGAACACUUAAUUUAUAUUAUCUGAAAUACUUCACUUUAUUUCAGGCUUGAACAACCUUAAAAUGUUCUUAAGUUGUGCAAGUGGUGGAUAUACUGUGACAAUUUAGGUAAGGUUUUUUUUAAUGACAAGGGUUCUUCUUAAAUGAUUAUUAAAUUGUGAAUGAGUGUAAGGAAUUUUUAAAGUCCAAAAUCGUUCGAUUGUCAGUUUGUGCUUUUUAUUCAAGAAAUUGGUCUAGUUUAUUCAUCUUACUUUUAGUCAUGAGAUGCUUUGGUAGACUUUGAUUAUGCACAUUGUCUGGAGAUCAUGAGGUGCAUUACUUAGAUUGUUUCUUGUUACUUAUUGUAUUAGUGCAGUACAGUAUUUCUAUUUUUUUUGUUUUACCUUUAGAACACUGUUCUAAUGUUACCUACCAUAUACACGUAUUCCUCAGUACUUACUUCUGUUUUGAGAGAGCACAAGAGGCCUGUUUAAAUACCAUUUUUGUUGGAAUAAUGAUUUCUAUUGCUGUACUUGAAUUUCCUGUGGCUACUUAUGGGCCAUUAGAAGAAAAUAUUAUUGUCUCCUUGUUUUAGUUUCCCUGUAUAUGUACUUUACUAAGUUUGAGGUAUAUUAUGAAGUUUGGCUACACUCACUGGCUCUCUUUUAUUUAUGUUUCUAAAUGAGCAAGAAUUUUGGUUAGAAAAAGAUGACUUAAAGUGGUGAAUGUGAUUAGCAUAACAUUAAAAAUGCAGUAUUAUUUUAUGCAAAAUAAUUACAUCUACUCAAAAUGAUCUGUGAUUUUUAGACAUUUUCACUUUGGGGAAAUGCCAUUCAAUCGUUAAUUACCAUUUGGAUUGUUCAGCUAAAUGCUGUUCCUCACAUGGUACAUACUUUGUGAUAGUAACCUUCCGUGUGCACAUGAAUUAAGUUUUGUGAGCUUCUAUUCUAUUUCAUGAUGCACUUAGAAUUUCAAAUAUGUAAUUUUAAAAUUGCAGACUUGGCUUGUGAAAGCCACCAUGUGAGCCAAGGUUUAAAUUAUGUUAAAGAUUUGCUUUCAAAUAUAUUUUAAAAAAUAAUAAAAAUUUCCUUUGCAA